UCUUUAUUCGACCAGUACACAGCGAACAGGGAAGUUAUCGCUUUAUAAUCAAUUAACGAAAUGCGUUACUCUGUAGUCUUGCUAUUAGCCUUAGCAGGAGGGUACUGUUAUUGCCAAGAGGAAACUACCACAGUGGAAUCUCCACAAGGAAAGUUUAAAGGAUACAUACGUUCAUUUGAAUCAUUCGGCAAUAAAUAUCGCGUAAGGAGGUUUCUCGGGAUACCUUAUGCAGAACCACCCACAGGAAGUCGUCGGUUUAAAAGACCCGUGAAGAAGGCAGCUCACACAGGAAUACUUGAUGCAACUGCAAGAGGAGCAGCAUGUCACCAAUUAGAAAUUCAUAUGGGCGGGGAAAGAAACGAUAAACUGCACGUAAAAUUUUCAGAAGAUUGUUUAUUUUUGAAUAUAUUCACACCGGAUGUUCCAGUAUCCGCACACAAGCUGCCAGUCAUGAUAUUCAUUCAUGGGGGUGGUUUUAACGUUGGGUUCUCGGACUACAGUGUCGGUGAUAUAUUAAGCGUGUAUGGCGAUGUUGUAGUGGUUACAUUAAAUUACCGACUGAACAUCUGGGGAUUUCUAAGCACCGGAGAUAAACAUUUACCCGGCAAUUAUGGACUUUGGGAUCAGCAAAUGGCGAUUAUGUGGGUACAUGACAAUAUAGCGUCUUUUGGUGGCGAUCCAGAACUUGUUACACUUUUCGGACACUCUGCAGGGGCAGCAAGUGUAAUUUAUCAAAGUAUGUUUCCAGGCAAUAAAGGAUUAUUCAAACGAAUUAUAGCUCUGAGUGGAAGUAUAACUUGUCCCUGGGCUUAUAAUGAAAAUCCUUUAAUUUCAGCAAGAAAAUAUGGCGCCUUACUAGGCUGUACACAGGAUGAUACAGGAAGUCUCUCUAAAUGCAUCGCAUCAAAAUCUACUGCAGAACUUCAUAAUGCAUUGAAUAAUAAUAAUGGUUUUAAUACAUUUCCUCAAGAUUUUAUAUCAGUGAUUGACAAUGAAUUCGUGCCGCUUCCGCCGAAGGAGAUAUUUCAUGGAACAUCUGUAGUCGCCGAGGAAAGGCGUCAGCUAUUUGCAGAUAUAGAGUUUAUGACUGGUGUUGUGUCAGAGGAAGGGUUGUUAAUGAUAAAUCCAUGGGCUGGUUUAACAAACGAUACUGAAAAUUUUAGACUGGAUAGAGCUGAGCUCGAAGCUAAAUAUGUGCCAGAUAUUGCCCGAAUUAUGUUUGGCACCAAAUACUCUGACGCGGUUAAGAACUUACUAGUUGCGGAAUACACGGACUGGAGCAAACCUGACGAUGAAAAAAGUUCAAUGUCAUCUUUCUUGAAAAUAAGUGCUGAUUACACUUUCAAUAUUCAAUCCGUUGAAACACUAAGACUUCAUACCCAAAAUAGCAAAACAAGGACAUAUGCAUAUAUUAUAGACGCGUUCCCGUCCCAACACAUUCUUUGGACACCAACUUGGGCUACUAAACCAAAUCAUGGCGACGAGCUUACGUUCAUAUUUGGACACGAUUCAGAAAACGGCUUAACUAGCUGGACGGAGCCGUUUGGGGAAGGUCCGCCGGCUGAUUGGGAAUAUAGACUUUCCAAAGCAAUAAUGACCAUGUGGACAAAUUUUGCCAAAUCUGGAGAUCCAAAUACUCCCACGCCGCUGAAACCAUUGAUAGGUACUGAUUGGCCAGUCUAUGUGAAGGAUACCGAGGAGUACUUGAACAUGUCCAGUAACGAUAUGUACUCUACUGGUCAGCGCCUUUUCGCUCGGAGCUACAACUUUUGGAUGGAAGCCCUGCCUAGGGUCAUUUCCGAUAUAAGUCAGGCGGCUACCAUUCAAUCAACACAUGGACUAUUUUGUGAUAAGGAAGAUUCUUGUGCACCAUGAAGGUGAUGUAUCUUCAAAACAGUAGUGAACACGUUUUCGUGAAAUGUGAUUAGUGCAUGUAGUAAGUCUAAAUUUUGAAAAUGCUAUGCAAUGUAAAUGCGUUAAAAUAAUUUGACAUGUCAACAUUAAUGAAAAGUUAAAGGUUUAGUAUGAAGGAGAAAAUGUGUACUAGCACUUCAUUUAUUUGAUGUGGUUUUGUAGCAUAAGAGCUCGAAAAAUCCUAUGCCGCCAGAACUUCAAAUGGCUGACACUUUAUAAAUUAGCUAACUAUGUUAAAACCUUCAGUGAUCGUAAUCAAAUCAGUCCGUAUGCUCCUACAACCAGUGAAAAGAAAAUUUUUGCACACAAUAUUCAACAAAUAAUAGUGAAAAUAAAAUCAAAUAAUGAA